GCAGAGGCGGAGAUGAAGACGGUACCCCUCCACGUCGGUUUCGUCGGCACCGGCCUCAUCGGCAAGGCGACGCUCAAGCAGGUUGGCGCGCACGCCCCGUCGCUGCUCGCCACCGGCGGACUCGACCUCCGCAUCGCGGCGUGCGCGGACUCCAAGCACAUGAUCCUCGCGUCCAGCGCGGACGGUAUGAACCCGGACGCGGUGGACGCCGCCGUCGGCGAUCGCGCGGUCGCGGAAUGGGACGCCGGGGCGCUCGCCGCGGAGACGCCCGUCGCCGCGGAUCUGGACGCGCUCGUCGAGAAAAUUGUCGCGCACGCUCGAGCCACCCCGGACGGCGCCGCGGUGAUCGUGGACAACACCUCCUCCGACGCCGUCGCGGACAGGUACGGCGAGUGGCUCGCCCAGGGCGUCCACGUCGUCACCCCGAACAAGAAGGCCAACAGCGGCGACCUUCAACGCUUCCGGCGCUUCCGUGCCGUCGCGGAUGAGAGCGGCGCGAGAUGGUUGUACGAGGGCACCAUCGGCGCGGGGCUUCCGGUGGUGUCCACGCUUCGCACGCUGCGCGCCUCGGGCGACCGCGUCCGGUCCGUGCAGGGCAUCUUCUCCGGGACGAUGAGCUUCCUGUUCAACACGUGGGACGUCGGUGCCGGGCAGCCGUUCAGCGAAGUCGUCCUCGCGGCGAAGAAAGCGGGAUACACGGAGCCCGACCCCCGAGACGACCUCAACGGCCUGGACGUGGCGCGGAAGGUGGUGAUCGCGGCGAGGGAGAGCGGCGUGGACCUGGCGUUGGACGACGUGGACGUCCAGUCCCUGGUGCCCGCGGAGUUGGAGGAUUGCGACGUCGCCGAGUACGAGCGAAGGCUACCCGAGUUUGACGGCGUCAUCGCCGAGCAGGCGGCGGCGGCGGCGGCGGAGGGGAAGGUGCUGCGAUUCGUGGGCAAGGUGGACGCGGAGAAGGGCACGGGGAGCGUGGAGCUCGCCAAGUUCGACGCGUCCCACCCGUUCGCGGGGCUCCAGGGCGCGGAUAACAUCCUGGAGAUUUCCACGGCGAGGUAUUCCGAUGAGAUGUCGAGCACGCCGCUGAUCAUCCGGGGCCCGGGGGCGGGGGCGCAAGUCACCGCGGGAGGCGUGUUCGGGGACCUGUGCAAGCUCGGGGCGGUGCUUGGCGCGCGCGUGCCCGUGUGAGGGCGUCCGGGAGGAAACGCGCGUGAAGGUGGGCCGUGGGAAAGCGCCGGGGAGAUCAUCGCGGACGAGGACGAGGAAAAAGGUAUCCGUGUCCUCCGAGCUUCCUCCUCCCGCCCGAGCGAGGCGACCGUUUCGGUUCUUUCUUGGAUUUCUGCCUUGACAACGACGAUCGAGCCCGUGAACCCCUU